GUGCAAUCUGGGUCCUCAGCAAUCAGUCUGUCAGGACAGUCUGGAUCAGGAUCGGUUGAGUUGUUCCUCUCUGCCUUAGCUGCAGUGAGUGAAAGUAGUACAUUGAUUUUCUAGAAAGGAGACUGGUUUCUGUUUUAAAGAGAGAAUAGAGUGAGUUCCGAUCAAAGCUCUUACUCAACGGGAAAUUACAGAAGGUGCUCACAGGGACUGUGAUUAACUUCAGAGUGAAAAUAAAAGCCAACAAUGGAAAGAAAUAAAGGACCAGGACUAAUGCAUAAACUAGGAUUCCGAAAGGGGUCAAAAAGAGGGGAAAAAGUCCAAGUCCAAGAAGUGGAGGAAGGAGUCCAAGUGACAGAGGAAAUACCUGAGAUCGUUGACAAAGGAAAGGACAAUAAGAAGAGUGGGAAAGAAAAGCAUAAUGAAAAAGAUGAACUCCAGACAAACGCAGAUAAAGGACCAGGACUAAAGGAAAAACUAAGAUUCUGGAGAGGGUCAAAAAGAGGGGAAAAAGUCCAAGUCCAAGAUGUGGAGGAAGGAGUCCAAGUGACAGAGGAAAUACCUGAGAUCGUUGACAGUGAGAAAGAAAAGCAUAAUGAAGAAGAACUACAAACUCUGAGGUCUGAAGUUGAUGAACCCCAGACAAAAGCAGACAAAGAGAUAGAGAGAAAAGGAACAUUGACGGAAAAAAUAAGGAACCAAGAACAGGAAAAAGAAUCUGAGACGAUGAAAAUUGAAUCUCUCAAGAAAUUAAUGGAGGAAGUGAGAAAGAGAAAGGAUAUUCCUGAGAGAGAAAAGGGGAAAAUUGAAAAGGAAAAAGGUGGUGUUCUGCAGAUCAAGGUGCUGUCCAUUGGAGGGAGGGAGGAAGAGGAGAAGAUGCUCAUAUAUCAGUGCUGGGCCUUGGAGGGAAGAAGAGAAGAGCUCGUGAGUGGGCAGUAUUUUUCUAAGAUGGGAGGAGACAGGGAGAUGCUGGACCAAGCCAGCAUGUUCAUGAAGGGAGAAGAGGGAGCAGCGCGAGCUUUGAGCACAGACACAGACAAUCCAGGAACUUUUUAUAGAGCAUUGGGAACAACUUCGUGGUACAUCUAUGGGAGGAACCAACCAGGCACCAUUCUCCUCUUGACUUACAAACUGCUUACAAACAAGAAAGAAUUAGUAAAGAAAGUAGAAGUGGGUGACAACCCGGUCAACAGUGACCAUGAGAUGGACCCAGAAUAUCUACAGCUACUUUCUGAAAUGGAACCUCAGUUAUGA